GUGCUUGUCAAUACAUUUUCUCCUGUUCAUUUUCUUUAAGAUUUACUGGAAUGAACCAAGAUCACUACAAAGGCACCAACAACAACAACUGCAGUAAAAGUCUUCUCAGUGAUCAAAAGGAAAAGCUUAUCCAAGCUAUUAAAAGAAUCAAGCACGAGGUAGACGAAUGCAGGGAAGCAGAGAGGAAGACAUUCAUAGAGUCUUUGGGAGUAGAGAACAGUUUUGAUGUCCUCAAACGAGAAGUCAGAUCCGAGUUUGAGAACCUCCAUCGUUUCCUGGAUGAGGAGGAACGUAAGGAUCUGGAGCGACUUCAGAGAGAGAGACAGAAACAAGUGAAGCCGCUGAAAGAGAGAGAGAAGAAAAUAGCAGCGCAAGCGACAGACCUGGAGACAGCGAUAUCAGUCCUCAACAAAAAACUGACCGAGGAGGACCAUCCCAAACUGCUCAGAGAAAUUCAAGAUCUCAUAAAAAGGUCUCAGGUCAGCUUCAAACCUCCAGCAGAGGUGGACACUGAGGUGCGCUCCGGACAGUUUGUGGGUCCCAUUCAGUACCGGAUAUGGAAGCACAUGAAAAGCUGGCUCUACCCAAGUAUAACAUCAAUGACCUUUGACCCUGAGACGGCCCAUCCUAACCUAUCCCUGUCCAAGUCUUGCACCUCAGUGUGGUUUGAGGAGGAUAAAGACACGAAGGAUUGCCAGCCCAACCCUCAGCGGUUCCACUAUUAUUACUCUGUGUUCGGCAACCAGAGCUUCACCACUGGACGGCACUACUGGGAGGUGGAGGUGGGACGUAAGACAGCGUGGAGGUUGGGCGUGGCGCGAGCUGACGUCCCACGAGGGGAGAUGGACACGACAGGAACCUCCAACGGCAUCUGGACUAUGGCCAUGAAGGGCGGGUCUGUGGUGGCCUGCACCGACCCCGAGCCCACGAAGGUCAACGUGUCCACCCGCCUCGUCCGCAUCGGGUUGUUCUUAGACUGUGAGAAGGAGGAGGUGUCUUUUUAUAACGCUGUCACCAUGUCGCCUAUUUACACCUUCUCCAUGGAGUAUGUCGACGUGGCUCUGUUCCCCUUCUUUAACCCGUGUGACGCAGACGAAGGGAGGAACGUGGCGGCCCUUAAGAUUUUUAACCCUUCCAUUUGAUGCAGAGGUUUACAACACAAAUUGUUCAUUUCAUGUUAAUAAAACUACAGUAUAUAUCAUUUUUUGGGCAGGGCUUAAGAGACAAGAUAAUUAAGUGGCAACUAUUAAUUAAGUAUGGUUAGUAUAAAAUCAUUUUCAUCUUGUGUGAAAUAACAGCAUUUCAAUUUUCUUUGGACGUUUUUCAAUUUCCUGUCAUUUUAACAACAGAAGGAUUAAUUGAUUGAGAAAAAGAUGACUUCACCUCAAUUUUGUUGUCACUUUUUUUGUACAUUAUACUGACAAUAUGAUACAUUGAUUGAGAAAAUAACAUAUUCAUUUACAAAGAAAGCAAUCGUUAGUUAUCUACUUGUAUACUGUGAAUACCACUUGCUUAAAAACUGUUAAAUGAUUGUUCAGUACAAACAUAAAACAUGCCUAUACAAGUA